UGUGUGUGUGUGUGUGUUUGGGGGGUGGUUGUGUGUGCGUGUGUACAUUGUUCUAAAUCUGAAAAGAAAUAAGUUUGAACUAAAACCAUCCAAUUUUGUCAAAUUUAAAUCAGUGAAUUUUAAUCUUGACGCCUUGGUCUGCGUGUCCUGGUCUCAGUUCUGGACUUUGGUCAGGUGGUCUAGUCUGGUCUGGUGCUUUCUGGUCUCUUCUGAUCUCAGGUGCCACCAUGUGGUCUACAGUUGGACCAUGGCUCACAGGAGUUUAAACUUCAUGGCCCAUGCCCUGCCACAAUCCGACCCACUUGGUCUGGGCUCUUUGCCCCACAGGAUGUUGACCUUCUGACCUGUUGGUGAUGUCAUGAAUAAAUUUGAAGUUCUGGGGAUUGUGGGGGAAGGAGCGUACGGCGUCGUUCUAAAGUGUCGUCACAAGGAGACCAAUGAAAUUGUUGCAAUAAAGAAAUUCAAGGAUAGCGAGGAAAAUGAAGAAGUUAAAGAAACAACACUGCGGGAGCUCAAAAUGCUGCGAACCCUCAAACAGGAAAAUAUCGUGGAACUCAAGGAAGCUUUUCGAAGAAGGGGAAAACUUUAUUUGGUUUUUGAAUAUGUAGAGAAGAACAUGCUGGAGCUGCUGGAGGAGAAACCCAACGGUGUUUGCACAGAGAUGGCGAGGAGUUACAUCUACCAACUGAUUAAAGCUAUUCACUGGUGCCACAAACACGACAUCGUUCACCGAGACAUCAAACCUGAAAAUCUGCUCAUCAGCUGCGAUGAUGUCCUGAAGUUGUGUGACUUUGGAUUUGCUCGUAAUCUCUCAGAGGGCACUGACGCCAACUACACAGAUUGUUGGUGGACUUUGGUGAAGGCCUACGAUGAUGAUCUGACCGUGUUCUCCUGCAGAGCUCCGUAUGGGAAAGCGGUGGACAUGUGGUCUGUGGGCUGCAUUCUCGGAGAGCUGAGUGAUGGACAACCUCUGUUUCCAGGGGAGAGUGAGAUCGAUCAGCUCUUCACCAUCCAGAAGGUUUUAGGACCUCUGCCCCCAGAGCAGAUGAAGCUCUUCUACAACAACCCUCGUUUCCAUGGUCUUAGGUUUCCUGUGGUGAACCAUCCUCAGACGUUGGAACGAAGAUACGUAGGAAUACUUGGUGGAGGCCUCCUGGACCUGCUGAAGAACCUGCUUCUGUUAAACCCAACUGAGCGCUUCCUCACUGAGCAGGGUCUGAAUCAUCACGUCUUCCAGACCUUACGCCUGGUGGAUCGACCCAGCCCAGUCACAACCACACCUGUACGGUCUUCUAAGAGAAAUAACAGCACCCCCAGCAGGAGUCACCACCGUUCCUCCAGCAGGGAGCGCACCAGUCUGCCACGACAGGAAGACCUUCAUGCAAACGACAACUUCCUGAAUGGAAACCUGCCAGCAUCUUCCAACCUCAGCCCCACACUGCACCCGAAGAACUUCCAGCCGCAGAUGUUCAACCAUGAUAGCGACUUUGAGAGAAACUUUGGAUCCAAGGUGUCAGAAGGACCUGGAGCCAAAUACUUGAAAUCGAGCUUCCGCUCACAGCAAAAUCGCUAUUCAUUCAUAGAAGGAAAAACCAACACGCUUCAGUCUGCGGACAAACACAGUCGCCACAGCUACGUGGAGUCUCACAGCUCAAACUACUCCUCUAGGUUUGCACAACUGAACUUGUCCAAGAGCUACGGCACACUCAGCGACGCCAAGUCAGUAGGAAACCUGAAUGACAUCCAUCUGUACACCGAUGAGCCCGUGCCUCGAUAUUUUCCUUCUAGCUGCCUUGACCUAACGGCCCCCAGCAGCCCAGCUCCUCAUCGCGGUGACAGACUGGGUCCAGGCAGCAGCAGCAAAGGAAGCAGAGAAAGUAACACAUUGGACUCUUCCUACAGGCGCUCAUCUGCUCGGCACAAAGCCGUGGAUGAGGCCAAGUCACCAGACACCCUGGAUAUGGAUGACGGCACUGUAGAAAGAAGCCACGCCCACUCUCUGUCUGCACCACAUGACCCUCAAUCCUACACCCAGGGCUACACCAGUCCCUUCUCCUCCCAGCAGAGACCACACCGUCAUUCCAUGUAUGUACGUAGAGACCACCAGAGAACUCAUGCCGGCGCGAGUGAAGGGCUCAUGGUUGGUCAAGCCCCGCCCACUAGAGCCAGCAGCCUCCAGCUGCUGUCACCACAACUACAACAUCGGACACUGCCCCAUCAUGUUGGAGGCUCCAGGGAGGAAGACUUGAGCAGGAUUGGUUUAUUUCAUGAAGGUAAGACAGAAGAUGGAGGUUCUUCAAAAGAGAACCGCAGCAUCUACAGUGAAUCUGUGAACCGGAGAGUUGGCAGUUUUUACAGAGUUCCCUCCCCUCGACCAGACAACUCUUUUCAUGAAAGCAGAGGUCAGAGGUCAGGUCUCUCUGGGGACAAACGACUGCCGACCUUUGACUCCUGGACCGGUCCAGACCCGGUGCUUCUGAACACAACAUCAGAUUCAUCCAAAGAAAAAGAGAAACAGGGUUUUUUUAAAGCCAUAAAGAAGAAGAAGAAAAAGGUUUCUAGUGAUGGGGUCCAGAAGUCCAGGUCUUCAGAUCAUCAGAGCACCCGCCACAGGAAACGAGAGCAGAGCCGGGACCUGGAGCGAGACAGAGACCAGGAAUGGACACCUGACAAACUAGACUCACGCUCUUCAAGUCAGCCACUCAAGUCAUUGCGUAAACUCUUGCACCUUAGCUCCUCUUCCUCCAGCCAGGUCACGACCCCUGAGCUUCGUUAUCCACCACCUAACUCCACCUCCUCUCAGGGCAGCUUCACGGAGAGCCGGAGCCACUCUGGGCUCCAUGCACCGCAGCCCAAGACCCGACAGUCUGCCUUCCCACUGCCAGCACCGGUGGAGUCGGGCUGGCACUCGGCGCACCUGAAUCGUUCAGAGGGAAACCCCUACAGCGAGAAGCUGAGCGUCAAAGGACGCAAUGCCAGGUCGCGAUUACCUAACCUUAACGAUCUCAAAGAAACAGCGCUCUAAAGCUGUGACUCCGCCCACUUUGACUCUGUGCAGAAGACAAACAUUGGUUCAGGUUUGGUUUCUGCCUCUUCAUGUGUAAAAGAAUUAACCAGAAGUUUUUUGUCAAUCUUAAAACAACUGUCUUCUCUUUCCUUACAUUUAAGCUCUGCCCACAGGUCAAGUACUUAAGGUUAUUACUGUUAGAAAAUGUUUAGAUCAAAGUUUCAAUAAUUUGGUUUUUUAUUUUCUAGAUUGAAGUAAAAGUAAUUCUAGUUCUUUUUCAUAUCAAACCGUUGUAAAUAUAAGGACAUUUUACUGGUUAUUCAACUAUUCAGGUCAUUUAUGUCAAAGUGUGGGGGAAAGGUCAGAAGGUCAGAGUGAAGGUCAGACCUUUUCAAGGUUGUACACAGAUAGUUUCAGGUUGAUAUGAAACUCAGUUCUGCAGGAGGCGCUAAAGAUCUUCUGAAAUGUACUUUUAAAGUUUUAUUGUGAAGUUUAAAAAAAAAUCUGUGUAUUGUUUAUUAAUGUGACCAGAUUGUCAACAAACAAACACUUCCACAAACAGUUCCACAAACCAACAAGUAAAACUCAUGGUGUUUUUUUCAUAUUUUUAUGCUUAAAUCUUUGUAUUAAUUUGAAUUAAUUUUAAACAGUAAACUGAUAUUGAUAUAAAUGACAUGACAAAUUAUGUGGGCAAAGAUGAGAACAAUAAAACUUGAAGGUUUGAUAGAAAAUAUGAUAGGAUUUAUCUACAAAGUUAUGAAAAUCUGGUGACUUUAUCUGAACAGAUGCAGACGUUAAAACCAUUAAACUGACCGUUGGUUAACUAGA